GAGGAAUAUGUCACAGUUAGCUUCUGAACUGAUAGCAACACAGAUCAAAAUGUUCAAACUGGUGGUGUUGUCUGUUGUACUGGCUUUGGCCGUAGCUGAGCCCAGCGCCAUCGCUUCUUUAUGGGGAGGACACUUAGCUGCUCCUUGGGGCGCUGCACUUGCCGCUCCUUGGGGUGCUGCAGUCGCCGCUCCUGUUGCUUUGGGCGCUCCUAUCGGUGCGUACAACUACAGAGGCCCACUGUCACUCGCCCCUGGACAGCCUGCUAAUAUCUUGGCUGCCGACGGCAGGCCACUUGAUACCCUGAGUGUUAACGUAGACCGUGCCGCUCAUUUGACCGCGAAAGCUCUUGACCAUGUCGGUGCUCAUCUAUUGAAGAAGAGAUCAAUCGUCGGCGCUCCUUUGGUAGCAGCUCCUUUGGGCUGGCAUGGUGUCGCUGCUGCUCGCGUUAUUGCACCCGUUGCCGCUGCACCUAUUGCCGCUUUGGGAUGGGGACACGGUGUACCCUUGGGACACGCUUGGUGAAAAUUUAAUUACGCUUGAAUCUUCUGAAAAAUGACCUAUUAAAGAGAGUUACUAUUA